CUUCAUUGCUUGCAGAGCUAUAUCUCUUCGUUGGAAAAAAUUUACACCAAAAAGUUGCCCAAAAUUGGAGCUUUCGUUGGGGAUUGGCUUCGGUUUGGGCUGGGAUUGGGAUUUUGAGGAGGUUUUGGUGUGAUUUUGAUGGGUUUUUAGUGGAUUUUGGAUUGUUUUCUGGCUGGAUUUGUGGUGUUUUGGCUUGAAUUGGAGAAGAUUUGGGGGUUUUUGGUGGGUUUUUUGAGGAUGAGUGGGGUGAAUAAUAGCGUGGAGACGGUGAAUGCCGCCGCGACGGCGAUCGUCUCUGCGGAGAGUCGGGUUCAGCAAAUCGCCGUUGAGAGGAGGAGAUGGAGAACUUGUUUUAGUGCAUACUGGUGCUUUAAGCCUCCGAGGCACAGCAAACGUGUCAAUCAUGCAGUUCUUGUUCCCGAGCCGACAUUGCCUGGGUCUGAAGCUCCUGCACCUGAGAACCAAAACAAUCCACCAGCAUUAGUUCUACCUUUCAUCGCCCCACCUUCAUCUCCUGUUUCUUUUCUCCAGUCAGAACCAUCAUCUGCCACUUUAUCACCGGCAGGCCCCAUAUCCCGUGCUACUUUUGCGGCAAGUGCCUACUCACCUACUGGCCCUGCAUCCAUCUUUGCAAUUGGGCCAUAUGCACAUGAGACCCAGUUAGUCUCUCCACCUGUCUUCUCAACGUUCACCACAGAACCAUCCACCGCAAACUUCACUCCUCCCCCGGAACCUUUGCAUCUGACCACUCCCUCAUCGCCAGAGGUGCCAUUUGCAAGACUCCUGGCCUCUUCGCUCAAUGCCAACUGCAGCAAGGGCGAAGUCUGGGAAUUCAAUUCGUAUCAGCUUUACCCAGGGAGUCCAAUAGGUCACCUUAUAUCACCAAGCUCUGCCUGUUCAGGAACCUCAUCUCCUUUACCUGAUGCGGAGUACUCUUUGUCUGGUGGCAUCUCCUUACCAGUAUUCCCCAUUGGUGAACCACCCAAAAUCUUGUCUGGCGAAGGUCUUGCUUUGCGUAAGCUGACCUCUCUUCAUGCUGCUCGAGAUGGUGGUUCAAUUCUGGAUGGUCAGAUAUCAGCGAUCUCACCAAGGAGGGAUCCAACUACAGAAUCACAGAAUGGUGAGGCUGAUGCCAAUCACCGGCUGUCAUUUGAGUUGACUGCAGAAGAUGUUGCCCUUUGCAUUGCCAAGAAGCCUUUCUUCUCCGGAGAACUUACAUUAGAACCUCGAUUAGCUGCAACCACGGAAACAGCUGCAAGUAACGGAAAUUCUGAUGAAACAACAGCCAACAAUAGCAUACUUUGUGUUGAUGAAACCUAUCAUGAUUUGCCUGUGAGAAUACAGUCUUCUACUGGUCUUCAAGCUGCCAAAGAAUUCAAAUUUGACAAUGCAGAUGGGGCUUCUUCAGAGCCUGGUGUGGUAGGUUCAGACUGGUGGGCAAAUGAGAAGGUUGCUGGAACAGAAGUUGUAGCCAAGAAGAACUGGACAUUCUUCCCUAUGAUACAACCGGGGGUCAGCUAAUUUGCGAGACAAAAACUCUCUCAGCUACUCAAUUUGGCAUCUUCAACCGGAAUCAAAGAUCCGAACUUCAUGCUGGCCGAGAUGGUGAUCUUCAUGUGAAUGAAGAUGGAGGGAUGGAUUGUUUACACCUACUGGCUGGAACUGAAAUUCACAAAAUUAAAUCGAGAUUUUCUGUCUAUCUGUCUGUCUGUGAUGAACUGGUAUAACACAGAGCCGGUUUCGAUUCUGUUGUGUAUGUUUUUUUUUUGUUUUUGUUUCAGUAAUAAUCUGUAGGAAAUUCUGAUUGUUGUAUGAUACAUAUCAUGCUGCAGCACUUUCUUU